GGCGCCUCUUAUACCUUUACUCCGGUCUGCGCGUUCUUCAGGAACGUACGUGCCCGUUUCACUAGAGAGAGCGCGAUACACAUAUUCCUCUUUUAAUACAGUACGUACAUACGAACAAGUAGAAGUUGUCGACGCGAUCUCGUCGGUGUGAUAUCUCGCAGUAGCUAAGCUGAGUUAAAGGCUUGUUUAUCAACAAUUGUCGUCGCUGAUUUUCAAGUUGUUUUCGGUAGAUUUGUUUGCUACAAAAACAGAUCGACAGUUCGAACAGUGAUAUGGCACAACUGAUCAGCGUCAAACUGUCAAGGUUCGACGGGUCCCCUUGGGGCUUUCGUCUGCAAGGCGGCAAGGAUUUUGGUACGCCGCUCAUCGUUCAAAAGGUCAAUAACGGUUCGCCAGCGGAAGCUGCCGGUCUUAAAGCUGGCGAUGCGGUUAUCAAAGUCAAUAACACCGAAAUGUAUAAUUUGAGGCACAAGGACGCGCAGGAUGUUAUAGUCAAAGCCGGAAAUAAUUUUGAACUGACUGUUCAAAGGGGUGGUAGUACCUGGAAACCGCAUGUGACGUCCGCAACCGCAAACUUGCCGCCUCCAGUACACACAGCUUCCGCAGGAAACAUUGCGCCAGUUACAAAGACUUCUUUGGCAGCAAAGAAACAGGAUGGAUCUCUUGUCGGCAGCGGACACAACUUCAGUCCCAAGCCAUUCCUCAAUGGUACCGACGGUUCCAUUAAAUCUAUCGUGAACAAACAGUACAAUAGCCCCGUAGGAAUCUACAGUGAGGAGACUAUUGCGGAGACAUUAUCUGCUCAAGCGGAAGUCCUUGCCGGAGGAGUUCUUGGUGUGAAUUUUAAAAAAAACGAGAAAAACUACAAUGCCGAGAACAGUGAAGUUUUCAAAAUGGUCCAAGAAGCGGAUAAAGAACCAAAAACUCCAGAACCUGCGGAACCAAGCACCGGCAGCGGCGUGAUAACGCCAUCCUCGCCCGCCCUGGCAGGAUUGCGGCCGGUUCAGGCACCGGAAACGAAGCCGCAGCCCUCGACGCCACAAACGAGCCUACCACCAGGACAGAACAUUUGUGUCGAGUGCGAGAGGCUCAUCGUAACAGAAUAUUACUCUUCGGUGAGCCACGCGGUUGGCGGAAGAGCCACUUCACCGAGGUCACCCACGCCUCUGUUUCAUGCUAUGGGCGGUAGUGGUAGUGCACCUGCUGGUAGCAGGUCCUUCGUGUGGACGGACGAAUCGAGGAAUCAGACAUCGCAACAACAAAAGCAAGAGUCUUCCGCCGGCUCGGGGUCGUCGACGCCGAGCGGAAUCGUUUGUAGCAACUGCGACCGAGUGAUCGUAGGUGUUUUCGUCAGGAUCAAAGAGAAGAACCUUCAUGUGGAAUGCUUCAAAUGCUCGACCUGUGGCACAUCUCUAAAAAACGUCGGUUAUUACAAUAUCAAUAAUAAAUUAUAUUGUGACAUUCACGCCAAACUUGUCGCCAGACAAAACGCACCAGCUGAUCUUGUGCCUAUUACUGUACCACCAGGUGGCAAAGCACCAGCUAGCACUAUUAGCGCGGCAUUGGCAAACGCACCUUUGUCGCCGCCUCUCAGCAAUCACGGAUCGUCGCCUCAGCCAUUCUCCACAUCAACAAGCAACAGUCUUAUUGGUCCUAAGCCUUUCGGUGGAUCAAGUGGCUUUUCAUCGAACGUGCCUUCGACUCCAACAAUAAAUUCUAGCGGUAUCUUAUCACGUCCUCAAAGUCAGACUGUGACGGAAACCUGUAGCAACGAGACCUACGAAAGAUCCUGCUAUUACGAAAUUGUAGAGGGUUCAAAAGACCAGCUCUCCCAUUCCAGCUCUGUAAAAUCCAGCCAAAGCUUCGUUUGGCCACCUCCUAUCGAAGAUAUCACAUACCCCACUGCUAGUCCUCUGUACAUCAAUCCAAACCCUGUUCUUGACAAAAGCAAUCAAGCGAUCAGAGAGAAACGCGCCAGCAUCAAAAUUUGCGAGCAAGCCUUAGCGAAUCGUAUUGAAGAACAAGGUGAAAGCAUAGAUCGAGAAGUCAAAAAAGCAUCAAAAAAGUACAAUCGUCGCGAAGUAGACAUGGAUCGGGUGAGUUGUCCCGAACAGCCAGCAUAUCGACGUAUAGAGCUGAUGGAUAUCAGCAGAAGCUCUAGAUCGGACGUAACGACCUCGAGAGCGAGCUCGACCGAUAGCGCGCGAAGAUCUCUGACUCCCACUAGAAUCAUCCAACCAAUUCCUAAACCAUGGACCGCGACUGUCAGCAGCUCGCGUACUAAUCUCUACGAGCAGAGUUACGCGAGGCAACAGGAACAACCUUCGGCACAGGUUUGCAAAAAAUUUGUGCAACGAGAGGUUUGCCAUCGAGAACAUAUAUCGGGCGUCAAGGAUCAUCGGGAAGAACAGCGAGCUUAUAAAGCAGAGAUUUGUCAAAAGGAAACGAUCUGUCCGAAACCGCCCUUGCCUAUGUCUAACCAGGAACCUACAGAUGUGGUCAAAGAAGUCGAUAUUGAAGUUACCGAUCUGAGAGAUAACAAAAUGGAAGAAAUGGAAGUCUCGCAAGAAAUUCGAGGCAAAUGUGAUUUCAUCACCGAUAUAGCCGAAGAAACGGUUGACGGAAUGCAUGUAAAACAAUCGGCGAUCUUUGAAAAGACGAUAGAGAAAAUGGCAUCUCAGGAGAGAUCUAGAACGCCGAUGAUCGAAGAGGAAGAAGAUCAGACAGAAUCUGAGAGAUUAACGAAGAGAAUUGAAACGCAUAUUAAUAGAGAAGUACAAGAUACAAAAAAGAAAAGAAAAAUUGAAGAACAAACUGUAGAAAAAUCUUCCGAGACGAUUAUGUCAGCUAUCGACGUCCAGCAGAUAUUAGAGAAGACUAAACAGGAAGAAGAAGAAGAAAGAGAGAGAGAAGAGAAAGAAGAACAAAAAAAGAAAGAAAAAGAAGAAAAAAAGAAGUGUGAAGAAGAAGAAAGGAGACGAGAAGAGGAAGAAAAAGGCAAGAAACAUGUGACUUUCGAAGACAAUGAAGAAGUCGAAGAGGUGCUAGAACAACCACUGGGUAGAACUGUUGUGCGAGAGGAACGUAUUACGGAGUCGGACGGAUCUGUUCCAGGUCGCACCAAGAUCACAAAAGAAACGUAUGAGGAGAUCACAGAAGAGGUAUUGGUCCAAGAACGUAUAAGAAGAAAAAAUGCUAUCGAUGAAGAGCGUAAGAAAAGCUUACGAGAGCAAGUAAAAGUCCAUCAGAGUCUUCGAGACCAACAAGCAAUAGACAAACAUGGUGUUAUAAUAAAAUAUAAUCAACAACCUCAAGAAACUAUGGAAACAUGUAAAAAGAGAGUUCAAUUUUUGAAGGAAACCGAAACUGGACCGAAACCUCUGUCUGACAUAUCUGUAAAGAAUUCGACACCUAAAGAAUGGAAGUCUGAAAUGGUGAACGCACUGACGACCGUGCCUGAUCAACCCUACGCGACGCUCAAUGCCACUUCUAGCGUGAAGGAACUUUACACUGAAGAAACUAUUUAUUUAGAUCACAAGUGUCGACCUAAACCACCACCGGCUAAAGAAGAGAUCCGAUCGAUUUCGCCUUUCCAGCAAGCACUGACGAUAGCGCCCGAACGCUCUUACACUCUUUUGAAUCGCGAAAUCAGACCAGAAGAUCAGCAAAUUGCCAGUAGAUCGCAGACUCCAAGUCUUCAAGUUCAAAAUGAAAGUUAUUGUCCGCCGUUGGAUAUUUUAUACGGUAAGAAAGGUACAACAAGGGAAUCUUAUUCACAAAAACAAUUAUACGUCAAAAAGGAAAUUAAAGAAUCUGGACCGCGACCUUUGUCUACUGCAUCGUCCUACGACUAUCGCUUAAGAGACUCUGCAGCGUCACCAGCUCGAUCGCGACUUGAAACAUCUAAAUUGUCCAAAUCAUUGACAACAAGUCUAAAAAAACCAGAUACUAUACCGUCUUAUCAAAAGAACUUAGUGACGAUGAAAAAAGAACCAGUAGAGAGUCAGCCUUUUAUUCCUAGUAGAACACCCACUCCGACUACUGGCAGAUUCAAGUCACCUGUUCAAGAAUUACCCAAACUACGUUCAUCAAAACGUGAUUCAGUGCACUUCCCUUCUAACAAAAUUAUCUCUUAUCAUGUAGAAGAAGAUACUGAUACCGGUCACAGAACGCAAGAAUAUUCUGCUUCGAGAACCGUCAAUUAUGAUGAAAAGGAGAUUAGCAGCCUUGAUAAAAGUCCAUCGAACUCGCUUUAUGCCCAGUUUCAAGAAACACGGUGCAUGACUAGUGAAGAAUCCAACGAGCAGCAAAAUGCUACGUCUCACGUGAAGAAAGCGCUUCAGGUUGUCGAAAAUUAUGAAAAAUGCGAGCAAAGAGAAAAAAUGUCAUCAACGCCGCAGAGUCUGAAUCCAAUCACUUGCGAUAUCAGCAAUGCAAUUCGCUCAAAAUCUGCAUUGACAAAUCCUAUGAACUCACAAGCCAGUCCUGCACCGUCCAGACAGUCAAUCUACAGCAGUUCCAUGGAUGUGCGUCAUAUGCGAUAUGAAACUCCUUCACCAAAAAUUUGUCCGGAAACAGGAGUGACUAUUUUACCAUGCAAAGCGCAUUUCAAUCAGGGUGCUAAGACCGGUGUUGUUGUAGUGCCUUGCGAGGGUUCUCAGACAACUUGUUCUAGAUCUGGGGUUUGCGUGACACCUACGCAAGAUCGAUCAGGUGUGUGCGCUGGAGUUGGUGGUCUCAGUAGUGCGGGUUCCAAAAGCGGAUCGUUCGCUGGCAGUAGCGCGCCUAAACGCGGACGAGGCAUCUUGAAUCAGGCUGUCAGAGCAGGAUCGCGCAUACCGCUGUGCGCUCAUUGCAACUCAUACGUCAGAGGACCUUUUAUUACUGCUUUGGGCCAAAUUUGGUGUCCUGAUCACUUUGUCUGCGUCAAUGCUCAAUGCCGUCGUCCUCUUCAGGACAUCGGCUUUGUCGAAGAAAAAGGACAACUUUACUGUGAAUAUUGUUUCGAAAAAUAUAUUGCGCCUACAUGUAAUAAAUGCAACAACAAGAUCAAAGGUGAUUGCUUGAACGCGAUUGGAAAGCAUUUCCACCCUGAAUGUUUCAAUUGUGCUUAUUGCGGCAAAUUGUUUGGUAACACUCCAUUUUUCUUGGAAGAAGGAUUGCCCUACUGUGAAGCUGAUUGGAAUGAACUAUUCACCACAAAAUGCUUUGCGUGUGGAUUUCCAGUCGAGGCUGGCGAUCGUUGGGUGGAAGCUCUAAACAACAACUACCACAGCCAGUGUUUUAACUGCACGAUGUGCAAGAAGAAUCUUGAGGGCCAAAGUUUCUAUGCAAAAGGUGGUCGCCCGUUCUGCAAAAAUCACGCGCGUUAAGAUCAUCUGUUCUCAACUAUCGUAGAUAAUUGAUGGGAAAAGAAGAAGAAUAGAAAAAAAAUCUAAUGAAGAUGAGAAUCGUAUAGAAAUCGUAAUGUUACCGCACGAAUUAAUUUAUUGUGAUUACUUUCUUUUUUUGUGUCUUUGAUCAAGAUCACUUCACUAACUCGUUUACAUCGAUCCAUCAACAAUUCUUUGUGUAAUUGAAUACGAAAAUACAGGAUAAAUUAAGAUGAUUCUGACGAAAAUAUAUCUUUGUUCUUGUAGUUGAGCCUGAUAAUAAAUUAUAAGUUUGUUCUGUUAAAAGUAUUGUUAAAAAUGAUAGUUAUACUUAUAAAAUCUUUUAAAAAACAUGAUAGACAAAAUAAAUAUUAAUUUUAAAAAGUUAACUAAAUUGUGACAAUUGCGGUAAUAAUAUUACAUGUCAUUGCCAUCUUUUGUUAAAGUCACCAAUCAUCUUAAUAAUCCUAUAAUGCACGUUUUCACGAGAUUUUACUACAAAGUGUAUAAUGUUGUUCGAUAUCUACGAGAAAAGUUGUUAUUUAAUAUAAUGUAUUUAUUAUUUAGCUUAAUUAAAAAAAUAUAUAAGGCACAGAAGGCCAUCGGUCAUCUCAACUCAAAAGAACAGGACACACAAUCUUUCCGUGCGUUUCAAAUUUACAGAGUUAUGAAUGUAUUUUAAUUUAUUAAUGAUGUUUUUUUUUUACUCAUACUAACAAUAUACUAACACGAGAGUUAAAGAAAACGAUGUUUUUUUACUCAAAAUUUUUUCAGAUAAAAACAACAUCUUAUUGUAACUAUUCUAAACAAAUUGCGUGUUUUCUAGAUGAUUUUCGUCUUGAUGAUCGUGGUUAUUGAGGCGCAUCUUGUUCUCGAUAUUUUGAGCACUUUAUGCCCGAGAAUUCAUUGUUGUAUGUAUCAUUGCGACGUUGACAUCGACCGCGAACGACCGAUGCAAUUAAUUAUGUCGGAGACGUUUAACGACCUAUCUUCGCACUUUGCAAUUCUCGUUUAAUAACGGGAGAGGUCUAGUAAUCGCGAUUCUCGCGGAAUUAGCAAAAUACCUCAUAAAAUUAUUUGCGAUAGAAAACAUUGGAACGAUAAAAUAUGUAAGUACAGAAUAAACUCACCGUCGACAGAGCUGCCCGAAUUAUAGAUCACGCAAAGGUCAUCCGAGCAAUUAGUAUUACGUUGGCUAUCGCAUAAUUUUGUACUUUCGAGGUGCAUUAUGAUGCAAAUGCCGCAGAUGGCAUUGGCGUUCUUUUUCGUAGGCGUGAUCGACGACGGUGGUGUGUUAUAAUAAAAGCAAAAACAAAAAAAAAAAAAAAGAAAACCAGUAUGAUUGAAAGAAUAUAUGAGAGAUGAAUGAUUAAAAAUAAAUGUGUGAGAAUC